UAGUUGUUCAUUGCCGAAGUCGUUGAGAGGUCUAAAAAGCAAAUUCUGUAAAGUGUUUCUGUGUCAGCAUGGCUAGAACAAAGCAUUCUGCCCGUAAGUCAACUGGAGGAAAAGCUCCAAGGAUGCAAUUUGCGCUUGCCACCAAUGCUGCUCGUAAGAGUGCUCCUCCCCGACCUAGUGGAUUGAAGAAGCCUCACAGAUACCGUCCUGGUACUGUCGCUCUUCGUCAAAUUCGUCGAUACCAGAAAACCACUGAGCUUCUUAUACGCAAGCUGCCCUUCCAGCGUCUUGUUCGCGAAAUCGCUCACGACUUCAAGACUGACCUUCUUUUUCAGUCGGCAGCCAUUUGUGCCAUUCAGGAGGCAAGCGAGGCCUACCUGGUCGGCCUCUUCGAGGACACCAACUUGUGUGCCAUCCAUGCUAAGCGUGUCACCAUCAUGCCCAAGGACAUGAAGUUGGCACGUCGCAUCCGUGGCGAGCCGGCAUAAGCCAUUUCUGGCUCACUGAUAUUCAUGCAAUAAAUAUGUGCUGCUUAUACUCGUGCACUCAUAUGCAUGUAGCGUGCUUCUUGGACUUUGUACGAGUAGGUUUAUGUGAUAGUUUUUCGGUGUGUCACAUAAGAUCUACAUGUACAUCAUGCAACUUACUUUGGUCUCGUACUUGAGUGGUAGCAUAUCACACACCAACCUUGACACAGUAGAAUGCCAUAAUGGUUAUUUUUAGUGGUUGUCUCGUAUUUUUCACCAUUAAUCUCAUCUGUAGAAAAGGUAUUGUGUGUGUUAUUGUGGUGAGGGGAGUCAUUGUUGUACGCUUGCAGGACAAAAACCGUGCGUGCCAUACUCUGUCAGGCACCCAAGAGCGGAGCCCACAGUACUGUCUGCAUUUGUGAUAACUGAUGUAAAUUUCUGGGAAGUGUGAAUGAUUGUGCCAAUCAUUUGUUGAGAGACAUUUCCCCUCUCCCCCGCCUCGGACUCACUUGUGAGGUCUGCAUUUGUCAAUGAGAAUAUAAUUAUGCGAAGUGGUGGGCCACGGAUGCGAAUGUAUUUAGCUUGGUGUGUUCCUAGACACGUCACGUGAUGCGGCCG